AUGUACGAGUUGACAAAGGUCCUGGGCUUCAGCGGACCAAUGGCCCCUCUGAUUCAAAGCACCCACUUGGGACCCUGCGGGUUUCCUGCGGAGCCGCCAAGCAGGGGUCGGCUAGGGGCUAAGGGCUACGAGAACUAUAGGGACUCGAUCAGCCUCCGAAACAGCCAGGUCGCCAGACUCAAGAUGGAGGGUUCGUACAAGCAGACUACCACAGUACUCCAGUUGGCAGAGCAUCAGGGUCAUGUGAAUCUUGGACAGGACGUGCUACUGAUGGGCUACAUUGAGACCCGCACCGAGGAUGGUGGCCUUCGGCUGCGAGCCUCGACUGGCCUGGCGCUUUUCGCGGCUCUGGCCUUGCCUCUGGUGUCCGUCACUGUCAGAGCGUUGUUUAGAACAGAGUGA